UUCCCAUGGCAACCUUUAACAAACAUUUCAAAAUCGACGUGAGAGAAUUUCAGUCAAUGUUUUUAAGUCAGCUAGGACCAUGAGACUGGGAUCCAGCUCCGCGUCUUCAAGGAGCAGAUCUCAUCCGGGCCGAUACCGCACCGUGGCCCCCAGUUCUCGGGUCGAUGAAACCCUGUUUGGGAGCCCAAAACCGUCGGAGACGUAUCAAAACUUAACCACUAAAGUGAAAGGUCGGCCCCAGAAGAACGAAGAAGGGGAGAUGGUUCAAAUCAUCACCAAGGACCUCAUCCGCAAUAUUAGGAUCCCGUUGAAGGACCCCUCAGGAGAUUCCAUCGUUCUUCCACCAGCUGAGUUUGAACGGAUCACUUCCACGUCCCGGGUUCUCAUCAAGGAGGAGAGGGAGGCCUUGAAGCAGGCUUAUCAGAAGAAAAGGGAGGAGGAAAUUACAGCUGCAGACGAAAGGAAGAAUAAACUCUUUGCAGCGGACUUUUUGCGUGAGGAAAACCAGGCCCUGACAGCGCUGGAGCUGGAGGCCCGGGACCGUGCACAGCGCUUGGUGGAGCGAGCCAACGCUUUAAGGAUGGAGCAAGAGGAAGAGAUCAAAAGGCUGAACCAGCUGAUUUUAGGCGCUCAAUGUCAAGCCACACGCGACGCCCAGAUCCAAGAGAAGAAACAGAUCCAGGAAGAGAUGGAAGAGGAGGAGAAGCGUCUGGAUGCCAUGAUGGAGAUAGAACGACGCAAGGCUCUGGAAACAGUGGAGAAGAUUGAUGUACUGCGCAAACAGCAGAAGAUCAGAGGAAUGGAGCAAAUUUGUAACCAGAUCCAGAAACGUCUGGAAGAAAAGCAAAUGCAAGCUGAAAUGAAAGAGCAAGAGAAGGUGCUGUUAAGAGAGAAGCUGGCCGAAAUGAACCUAGAGGACCUCCAGACCCUGGAGAGGAAGAAGUUGGAGCAACAGCUUCUGCAGGAGGAGGUCAUGCGCAUCAACGCUGAGACUAUGCGGGCCAAGGAGCAGAGGAUGGAGGAGGAGAAGCUGGCUGACAUGAGAGAUAUGGAAUACAUCCAAAAGAAACUGGAGAGAGAGGCAGAAUAUGAAGCAGAGCAAAGAAGAAUCAAGAAGGAGAAGGAGUUGGAGAUUGCUAGGCUGAGGGCCCGGCAAGAAAAAGCAAGAGAUUACCAGGCAGAGAAGGACGAGCUCCGUGCUAAGAGGAACCAAGACAUCCUAGACAGAGAAUGGAGGCAAAGGGAGAAGGAGAAAGCGGCAAAGAAAGCGCAGGACGAGGCGAUGCUGAGGGCGGCUCGGAAGGAGCAAGUCCUAUCAAAAGAGCACUGCCUGUCCGUCGAGGCUGGUCGGGAGAAGGCCGACUUUGAGAGGGUGCUCAGGGCCCAACAGGUAGCAAUAAUCAAACAGAAGGAGCAGGAGGAGAGGCAGGCCCAGAAGGCCCACUAUCACGCACAGGCCAUCCGACAGCAGAUGAAGGAACGAGAGCUGUCAGCCAUAGACAAGCGCAGGGAGUUCUUCAAGGAGGGCGACCGGCUGGUGGAUGAAGCCCGGCAGAGACGUAUGCGCCUCGAUGAGAUCAAGGGGAAGAAGCUCAAGGAGCUCAAGGCUACAGGGCUUCCUGAAAUAUACUGCAGUGAAGUGGAAAGAAAGGCCCGGACCUACUUACACUGAUUCAGAUAGUGAGAAGCCCUCGUCUGGUUCCUCCAUCACGUCUACCAGCUCUCACUUCACAUGUUUCAAGUACUUAUGUAUCAAUAAAAACGUCUACUGCACUUUUA